AUGGCACUGGCUCCUACAACCCACCGCGAAGUCCGUCUCACCCCCCAGCCAGCCUCACCCUCACACAUCCUCCACAUCGACACCACCUCACAACGCCAAUCCCUCCUCCGAGCAGGAAGCAAGCGAACCUUCGACCACAUCAGCAGCAGCCAUGACGAAGACACAUAUGCGCGCAAGCACCUCGCCACAGAAGGAUCGUUGUUCUUCCGCUCCACCACCCGCUCCCCUCGCAGCAUCCUCUGCCGACUUCUGGACGACCGGAAAGUGCUGGAGAUCCAGGGUGUGGAUCUGGUGAAGGAUCACGAGCACAAAGAUGCGGAUACCUGGUUGACUUUCCGGGUCGAGUUCAAGGAUGAGGUUCUGGAGAAGGGGGUGCAGUUCGCGGAUGCAGAGGAAACGGAUGCGUUGGUAGGGUUUGUGUUGACUGCUGGCAAGGAGCUGAUUACACUCACUCUCACCCGGGAUCUAUUGACGCGACCGAGCGUGCCGACGGACUUUGACUCGAGCAUGUGUGUGCGGAAGUAUACGAGCAGUUUCCUGACUGCGCGACAACCAUAUCGCUUCCAUGCGGUCAGCAGUCUGGAGCUUCUAAUCUCUCUCGCCGACGGGGGACUGGUCAGACUCGAACGAAAGUGCAACGAGAGUGGUUCGCAGUGGCGCGAGACGUUCUUUAGUGAGGGUGGCUGGCGAGGCACUUUGACACUGAAAGGUCUGAACCCUUUUGCCGGACGACCUAUAGUCAGAUAUGGCAACGUCGACCUCGAUCCCACGGCGAUUGCGGAUAUGGCGAAGAGUCCUGAUGGUAAAUUUGUGUGGACUGUGAGCUUGGAUCAUUAUUUACGGGCGUUGAGUACAGCCACUGGCCGCAUCGUGCUGAAGCAGGAUUUGCUCAGUGGGAUUGAUGACCAAGGUAACCGCAAUCCUUACACCAUGUCAGCCGAACAAGGCAGACUCCUUCAGAUCGUCCUGCUUCCGCCACCUGAAGUAGAAAAGGGCGCCGUCAGCCGAAUGGACCAAGACGACAGAUACGCCAUCAUCGUCCACUCGCACAAAGAACACGAGUUCAAAAUCUACGACAUUACCUACACCACAAGCCUCGAUGGCGAAAGCAUACAUACCCAAGAUUUACAGCCCUCGACGCGCCUCAUACCACCUGUAGACGAGCUCAUGAACACCAAUAUCUGGCAUCUCGAGCACUUUCAUGUACAACCAGGCGCGGCUUGGCAGGAGACGCAAUUCUGGGUCCGGGCUAGAAGUGGUGCUUUGUGCAAGACUUUCAGGAUCCAGCUUGAUCUACUGGGUGAUGAUGGUUCCGCUCUGGAUGUUGUGGAUGUUUGGUCGAGGUCGUGGUCGGCUGUUGAUACUGGCCCGUUGACUGUCGAUGCGCUGAGAUUGUUUGCAGACUUUCCUGGUGAGGACGCAAUUGCAGAUGGUGCCGUGACGUCUAGUGAGAGAUGGCUGCAGUUCUUGUUCUCGCCGGGUCGAUUCACUCUGCCUUCGCUUGAGACAGCGCUGUAUAUGUACCGCAAAGCUCGUGGUCUGAGCGCCACAUCAUCUAGUCAAGGCCUGCAGGCUGCCGAGUCGCCCCUGCAGGAACGCUUGACGUCUGCCGUUACUGCCAAGGUCCUACUGGGCCGCUCAGCCAACGAUCAACCAGACUAUCAACGCUACCAAGCCGAUAUCCACACCCAAUGGCGCGCUUAUUUCGCCGUGCUAUCUCAUCUACACGCCCGUCGCCACGAACCCAUCGGCUUCGCUUUCGACAGCACGACAAACUUGCCAUGGAGUGUAUGCGCGGACUUCGUGGCACCGAUACGUACCUGUAGUGAUUUCGAGCUGCGCAAAGCAAACGCCGAACUCCUCUACGACGACAGCGACAAUGUAAAAGUAGACCCCCACCUCCUCUCAACCAUCUACCCCGACGACGAAAGCGUCUACCUCAGCCGUCUCCUCGCUGCAGCGAAAGAACUGCGACAAGAGCUCUCAUCAGAAGCCAAGCUGCUCAUCCGCUCAACAGCCCAACGCGACUGCAUGACCUCCCCACAAGAUCCCCCGGACCAAAGCCGCACCCAAACCCUCUUCAAUACCUGGAACCUAGACGAGGAAGUAACAACCGAAGUGUUCGACGAUCUGAACGCGGCCGUGGAGAACCUCGGCGGGUUAACGAGUCUCAAGAACGAGAACUUCGAACGUCUCCUCGAUUGGUUGGACGAAGGGCUCGAUGUUUCUGGUCCAAACGAUCACCGGCUUCUAGCGCGCUAUGGAGCGGACAUGACUCUCGCCCUCGCACGAGAAAUGGUACUGAGAGCCGAGAACACCGUGUUAGAUCUUCUAGUCGUGGUGGUUUUCGUGGCGGGCGGAUUGGAGGAACCACUUGAUCCAGACUUUGACUCUGAGGACUUGUUCGCAGGGUUGAUGACGCGGUAUAAGCGGAUCCGACUUCUAGUUUGGUUACUAGAGCACGAGAGGGAAACGACACUGCUUAUUGCCGAAGGCACAACAAUCACCGAGACUGUGACAAUACUAGAGGAUAUCCACCUCAGCCAUUGGCGGGCCGUAGCCGCGAAGGAGACGACGCUGCCGCAACGCCUUACGCUGUGGACGAGUAAAUGGUUAUCCUCCCUCCGUCUGGACGACGAGGCAGGCUGGGAAGCGCUGACGACACAGAUCCUCGCCCGCCUCAUCACGAAAAAUGAGCCCGAUCUCGGCACGGACUUCCUCCCCUUCUGCUCCAAAUCCUCGGACUCGUCCACUUACAUCCACGCCCGUCUGCACCUCCUCACGGGAAACCUCGCCCAAGCAAGCCGGGACUUCCGCUCCGCGGCCCCCGGCCUUUCCGCGACGAAAAGCCUGAACCAUUCCGUCGAUCUCCUGCUCUCAUCGGACGAGAAAGGGGAUUUCGGGACCGGGAAAGCGGUUUAUUAUUCCCACAUCACCUCCCUCUUCGAGACGCUGAAGGCGUACUCCUACAUCGCUGAAUUCGCCCAGUUGGCCCUUGAUCAUACCCCCCGACCGCAUGAUUUCCGGGCGGAGAUCGCCGCGCUGGAUCGGAAGAAGGGGGUCGAUAGUCCGGUGGCGGAGAGGAUGGAUGUUGCGGUGCAGGAGGCGAGGUUGUUGAGGAUGAAUGAGGGGUGGAACUCUGUUCUGGGGAGGUUGUUUGAUGCUUUGUUGGUUUUGGAGAGGUGGGGGGAGGCGUUGGGGGCGUUGGGGGGGAUGGAGGAUGAGGCGUUACAGAGUAGGGGGUUGAGGGGGUUGGUGGAGGGGUGUGUGCGGCUCGGGUGUGGGGAUGUGGUUUUGGGCUUGCUGGGCGGGGAUCGUGGGGGGUCGGGGAGGGAGGUGGAUGGGAUUUUGGAGGAGUUGGCGAGGAGGGAGAUGGCUUCUGGUUCUGGUUCUGGUUCUGGUUCUGGGACUACGGUUUCGGGCCCGGCUUACUACCAGCUCCUCUACGCCCUCCGCACCCAACGGGGCGAUUUCCGUGGCGCCGCCGAGAUCCUGUAUGAGCACCUCCAGCGUCUCCUCGCUAACCCUCACGAUCCGGUGAAUCAGGACCCGGAGGAUGAGACGGUCGUGCGGUGUUAUACUCUGCUCAUCAAUACCCUCGCCUGCUGCUGCGGUGACGGUGCUGUCAAUGAGGCCGCGGAGCAGGAGGACGAAGCAUGGAUCUUGGCUGAGGCUAUCCCGGGGGUGAGUGCGCAGGGAGCGAGGAGGAAGCUGGUUAGGUUGGGGGAUUUGCGGAGGGAGUAUGCGGGGGAAUUGGAUCGGAGGGAGGGGUUGUUGAGGGGGAGGUUUCCUGUUGUCGGUGGGUUUGGAGGUGGGAGUGGUGGGCGGGGGGAGAGGAUGGAGGUGGAUGUUUUGUAG